AUGAAAGCCUACCUCAAAGGAUUACCUGCUGACAUGAUGGUGAUGGUUAAUUCAAGAGCAUUUACCCUCGUAGAGACAAUAGAAGAAGCCAAGGUCCUGGAAUCAGUUUAUGCUAAGAGAAGGGAAGAAAGAAUGUCGAGUGGGGAGAAGAGGAAGUGCGAAGGGCCCUACCAAAAAGCCAAACCACUUUGGAAACAGCAAUCGCGGAACCCACCGCAAUCAAGAGACAAGAUGUGUGGGAAGCCAGGCCACACACGAAAUGAGUGUCCAAUCAAGGGACCCACAUGUUUUGAAUGCGGAGAGCCAGGUCACUUUAAGAAUGACUGCCCGAAGAGGAAGGCGGGAGGGAGUCAGACAAGAAAAGAAAAUACUCCGAGGGCAGCCGGCCGAGCCUUUCAGAUGACAGCGAAAGAAGCUAUAGCAUCGACGGAUGUGGUGUCGGGUACGUUCCUUGUUAACUCCGUACCUGCACAUGUGCUUUUCGAUUCGGGUGCUUCAUGUUCUUUUGUGUCCAAUGCAUUUUAUCAACAUUUGUGCAUGCCCCCUAGUGCACUAGAAGAUGCCCUGAUCGUAGAGAUAGCGAAUGAUAGUAGAGUCCUAGUGCGUAAGAUCGUUAGGGGUUAUGUUUUGGAAAUCGAGGGAAAGGAAAUUCCGAAAUUGAUUCGAAUCGCUUUACCUGAUGGGAACGCAGUGCUAAUUCACGGAGAAAGAAAGCAGGAAAAUGUAAUGGUCCUAUCGGUUGCAAAGGCGCGCAAAUGCUUAGCUAAAGGGUGUCCCUCGUUCAUUGCAUACGUGUUGGAUACCAAACUAGAGAAAGGAAGAAUUAGAGAUGUGAAAGUAGUUAAUGAAUUUCUCGAUGUAUUCCCUGAGGACUUACCCGGUCUACCCCUCGAUAGGCAAGUGGAAUUCCAAAUCGACCUUGUUCCGGGAACCGCUCCAAUUGCCAGAGCCCCUUACCGUUUGGCACCAUUCGAGAUGCAAGAGUUGAUGUCUCAGUUGCAAGACCUCAUUGAGAAUGUGCAUAGACUACAGGGAGCUCAAUAA